CAGCCUCUCUGGUAUUCCAAUUUGGGGGGAAAGCUUGCGUAAAGAGAGGAGAGAAAAGCGAAAAUUGAAUUAGGAAGUGGACGAGCAUCUUGGUGUACGAGAGAAGGCAGAGGCAGAGAACACGCAGUCUUGUCUGGGUCGCGAAGGGGAACGCACGUGCGAUGGUUUGCAGAUAACAGUGUCAUUAUUUACGGUGUUUUUUUUGUCUUUUUUUUUUUUUUUUACUCCCAGUGUCCACUUAAGCUUUUUGAGAUAAGCCGGGUAGAAGAAACUUUGGAUCGAUGCUGCAGCUAGCAAGAAGAUAUUAUGUCAGUUGGAAGUGAAAACUAUCAACUUGUCUGGAGCGAGGACCCAGGACCUGAGGCCUCCAGGGGGCCACUCAUGGGGGGCCGCUGGGGUUGCUCUUCUCCCCUGAGCAUGCUGCGGCGGGUGGCCCCCAUCAUCAUUUUGGCUUCACUCCUCGUCUGUCUGUUCCUCUACUACACUUCACCUCUGGGAGCAACAACUCUGUAUGCACCAUCAGCAGCAUCUGAGACCACUGGACUUGAUUCCGCCACAACAGAAGUUUACCGCAAACGCCUUCGUUUUCGAGGAACCCAGCGGAGGCUGCCCCAAGCCCUGAUCAUUGGAGUGCGGAAAUGUGGAACACGGGCCCUACUGGAGAUGCUCAAUUUGCACCCAUACAUCCAAAAGAAUGGAGCUGAGAUGCACUUCUUCGACGAUGACGAGCGCUACGCCAAUGGCAUUGAAUGGUACCGGAAAAAGAUGCCAUACUCUUUUGAUAAUCAAAUCACAAUGGAGAAGACACCAUCCUACUUCAUCUCCCGUGAAGCACCGGCAAGAAUCCACGCCAUGAACACCUCGACCCGGCUUCUGCUCAUCGUCAGGGAACCAGCUGACCGUGUGCUCUCAGAUUACACCCAGAUUAUGGAGUCUAAACUGAGGAAGGGGAUCCAGAUCGCGCCGUUCCACGAGAAGAUUCUGACGCCUGAUGGGGAGAUUGACGAGACGUACAAGGCCAUCAAAAUAAGUCAGUAUGCAAUACAUGUCUUACGGUGGCUGAAUGUUUUUCCUAGAGAUCAGAUACACAUCGUCGAUGGCGAUAAAUUAAUAGCCGAUCCUUUUUCGGAGAUAGACAAGCUAUCAGAUGACUUCAUCCCAGCUGUCAGGACAUGGACACAUCAUGUAUUGAGAUGUCACCUGCUGUCUGUGAUUAGUCAGCAUGACAUGCAGUUUGCAGUUGGGUUAAGGAACGGUGUUAAAAGGAAAGUAAUCAGUUAUCGGGAUUUAUUUUAAACUGGGCUUUUGCAAGAUGUUACAUUACGUGCUUUAAAUAUGUUUUUUCCUCAAUUUUAAAUUUAUAUUUUCUAUAGUCAUUAACAACAAUAUAAUGCAAGCUAUAUUAGUCAGUCUUCCCUUGCAGUCAACUUUCAGUACUAAUAGCACACUUACAAGCAGCAAAUGUGAUUCCACAAUCAAGAAGAAUGAAGGAUCUAAAAGUCAGGAGCUAUGGCCUUAUUCUGCUUUAUCUUAACUCUCUGAAUCUCCUCUUGGUUUUCAUGUUUUAUGACAGGUCAUUCCUCUUGCUGUCUGUGUUAUGUAUUACUAAUACCUGGUCUCCCAAUUUUUUGUCUUUGUGCAUAUACCAUCAACUUGGGUAUUCCCCAGGGUGCUUCUUUGUGCUGUGCUUACUCUGUUCGUAAUCAGUUUCCACCUUUUCAUCAAAGUUAAUUCCUCAAUUGAAACUUUUCCUGGACUUUCUUUCACAACCAUUGUCAGCAGACCUGUCAAUUUAGAUUUUUUCUUUUCUUUUCAUUUCUUUUCUUUACUUUUCUUUCUUAUUGGUUGCAGUUACUUUUCCUCUGUAGCACAGUGCUUCGAUGAGCAUCUUUGCUCUUAUCCCUGUACAAGUACUAAUUUUAAAAGAAUAAUGAUAAAAGUAAAGAGAGAUAAAGAGCAGUGAGAUUUUAAUCUGAAUUAUUUAAAAUUGUGUAAAAUCAAAUAAAAACAUUUCUUAUACUUUUUGACUUACCCUUUUAGAGGUGGUUUGUUGUAGUUGUGGGUUUGUGUGCAUUAUAUAUAUGUAUGUUAUGAAUAUAUCUGUACACACACACACGCACACAGCUAUUAGAUUUUAGGUUCAAUUAGUUUCAUCAGCAAUAAGAAUGAUUUAGAUUCACUUAGUUUAUUUUUAUUCCCUCUUGUACUUUUAUAUUAUUAUUAUAAUAGAAAAGCAUUAAAGCAAGUAAUGUUUUGUUUUUAUUUAUCAAAACCAACCUAUUACCAACACUUUAGAUACACACACAAAAUUACCCUAACCAUCAGACAAACAUCAUGAAUAAUUUUCCAUAAUUAAUGUAAUUCACACCAUCAGUAGUCUUGUUGUUAACACGAUAUCUAGACUGUGGUAAAACACCACAAGAUUCUUGAGUCACAGCUGAGGGGUGGCAAGCUGCACAGUUCACUGGCUGAAUAACUCUCGUUUGCCUGCUUUCUUACCCUCCUAUAGGCUGUAGGGCAACAUCCUGAUAUAUAUAUAUGUGUGUGUGCGUGCAUGCGUG